AUGCCUUUCGUCAAAAAUUUCCCACCAGUUGCCUUAGGCGACACCAACUUAUUCAAACCAAUUAAGGUUGGUAACACUGAAUUACAACACCGUGUUGUCAUGCCACCAUUAACUAGAAUGAGAGCCCACCAUCCAGGUAACAUUCCAAAUGAUUGGGCCGUUGAAUAUUACAGUCAACGUACCCAAAGACCGGGCACCAUGAUCAUCACUGAAGGUGCCUUCCCAUCUCCCCAAUCUGGUAGUUAUGAUAAUGCUCCAGGUAUUUGGUCCGAGGAACAAAUGAAACAAUGGAAGAAAAUCUUCGAUAAGAUCCAUGAAAAUAAAUCUUUCGUUUGGGUUCAAUUAUGGGUCUUGGGUAGACAAGGGUUGGCUGAUGUUUUAGCUAGAGAUGGAUUACGUUUUGAUGGACCAUCUGAUGGUGUUUAUAUGGAUGAGGAAACUGAAGCAAGAGCUAAAAAAUCUAAUAAUCCUCUACAUGGUAUCACCAAGGAUGAAAUUAAGCAAUAUAUCAAGGAAUACGUCCAAGCUGCUAAGAAUUCCAUAGCCUCUGGUGCUGAUGGUGUGGAAAUUCAUUCUGCUAAUGGGUAUUUGUUAAACCAAUUUUUGGAUCCAAUCUCUAAUAAGAGAACUGAUGAAUACGGUGGAUCAAUCGAAAAUAGAGCUCGUUUCACUUUGGAAGUUGUUGAUGCUGUAGUUGCGGCAAUUGGUGAAGAUAAGGUUGGUGUUAGAUUCUCUCCUUAUGGUACUUUCGGUAAAAUGUCUAGUGGUUAUGAUCCAACUUUGUUGGCUCAAUAUGCUUACGUUAUUGGUGAAUUAGAAAAGAGAGCUAAAGCCGGUAAACGUAUUGCUUAUAUUCAUUUGGUCGAACCUCUUGUUACUAAUCUAUUUAUGACAGAAGGUGAAGGUGAAUAUAAGGAUGGUACUAAUGAUUUUGUUUAUUCCAUUUGGAAGGGUCCAAUUAUUAGAGCUGGUAACUUGGCAUUAAAUCCACAACUUGUCAGAGAAAUGGUCAAGGAUGAAAGAACUUUAAUUGGUUACGGUAGAUUCUUCAUUGCUAACCCUGAUAUUGUCGAUAGAGUUGAAAAGGGCCAACAGUUUAACCAAUAUGAUAAGGAUACAUUUUAUGCAAUGAGUGAAAAGGGUUAUAAUGAUUACCCAACUUAUCCUGAAGCGAUUAAAUUAGGUUGGGAUAAGAAAUGA